AUGAAAAUCGCCUUUGAGGAAGCCCAACAGCUAGCGGACCGUGCUUUGCGCGAGCUCGGGUACAAGGAAGAAGAUAUUCCUAUCAUUCGUGACCAUCUGAUUGACAGCGAGCUGCGAGGUUAUGGAAUCGCCGGACUCGCACGAAUACUGAGCAUCGCCGACAGAAUAUCUGGUAAGGCGGCAUCUUCUUCCGUCGAGGUGACGUUGGAAUCGCCCACGACAGCCCAGCUCAAUGGCAAGGACAGUCUCGGCUAUCUGGUGGCUCACAAGGCGACAAAAGUGGCCAUCGAAAAGGCCAAAGCUUCUGGGGUGUCAGCCGUAGGAGCAAAUAACACAUACUAUACCGGAAUGCUGUCGUAUUAUGCUGAGAUGGCUGCGACCGAGGACCUUGUGACCAUCAUCGCAUCGAAUUGCAGCCCCUGGGUGGCCCCGCAGGGGACAUACAAACCUCUAGUUGGCACCAAUCCUUUCUGCAUCGGGAUCCCCACUGAUGGCGUCCCCAUCAUCUACGAUAUUGGGACUUCCAGGAUCAUUCACGCGCAAGUGAUGCUGGCCAUGCGCAAGAAUGAACAAUUGCCACCAGAUACAGCCUACGAUGAGAACGGAGAAAUGACGACCGAUCCCGAGAAGGCGCUGAAGGGAGCUCUGGCGGUUUGGGGCGGUGCAAAAGGUAGUGGUUUAGCUAUUGCGGUUCAGCUGCUGGGGAUUCUGGCUGGUUCCCCUGCACUGCCACCAAAUCUGGAAGAGUUUGGGUUCUUCAUUAUGGCCAUCGAUCCAGCAAAGUUCAGGCCGAUGGCUGAUUUCAAACGCGAGGUGGGAAACCUCAUCACUGCUUUCCACACUACCCCAACACUUCCUGGCCAUGCUCUGAGGCUUCCAUUUGAACGGUCGAACCGUCGACGAGCCGAAACCAGAGCCAGCGGGUAUCUCGACGUCGAUGAUGUCGUGAUCGAGCGGCUUGAAGCAUUAAUAUCGCCGCAGUGA